GAUCCCACGCUCGCCCAGCUCCUGUGGCCCCCAACACCUGAUGAUACAGCAAGCCAUGGGCAGCGUCCGAGUCAACCGGUACAGCAUUGUCUCGACUGAGGAGGAUGGACACAAGGUCUCUGCGCUGGGCAGCAUGAACGGGCACAGCCGGAACGGGAAGGGCCACACACCCCGGCGGAAGCACCGUAACCGCUUUGUGAAGAAGAACGGCCAAUGCAAUGUCUACUUCGCCAACCUGAGCAACAAGUCUCAGCGCUACAUGGCUGACAUCUUCACCACCUGUGUGGACACGCGCUGGCGGUACAUGCUGAUGAUCUUCUCCGCCGCCUUCCUGGUCUCUUGGCUCUUCUUUGGUUUCCUCUUCUGGUGCAUUGCUUUCUUCCACGGUGACCUCAACGCACCGGUGGUGGGGGGCAGUCCCUCUCUCCUCAAGCCUUGCAUCAUGCACGUGAACAGCUUUCUAGGGGCUUUCCUCUUCUCAGUGGAGACACAGACAACCAUUGGGUAUGGCUUCCGCUGCGUGACUGAGGAGUGUCCGCUGGCCAUCAUGGCUGUGGUGGUCCAGUCCAUUGUGGGCUGUGUUAUUGACUCCUUCAUGAUUGGCACCAUCAUGGCCAAGAUGGCGAGGCCCAAGAAGCGGGCCCAGACCCUCCUCUUCAGUCACCACGCGGUCAUCUCGGUGCGGGAUGGCAAACUGUGCCUCAUGUGGCGAGUGGGCAACCUGAGGAGGAGCCACAUCGUGGAGGCCCACGUUCGUGCCCAGCUCAUCAAACCCUACAUGACAGAGGAAGGGGAGUACCUCCCCCUGGACCAGCGGGACCUCAAUGUAGGCUAUGAUGUGGGUCUCGAUCGUAUAUUUUUGGUCUCACCCAUUAUUAUUGUUCAUGAGAUUGAUGAGGAGAGCCCACUCUAUGGGAUUGGCAAGGAGGAGCUGGAGACGGAGAACUUUGAGAUUGUUGUUAUCCUGGAAGGGAUGGUGGAAGCCACGGCCAUGACCACACAGGCACGGAGCUCUUACCUAGCCAGUGAAAUCCUCUGGGGUCACCGCUUUGAACCAGUAGUGUUUGAGGAGAAGAACCACUACAAAGUGGAUUAUUCCCGUUUUCACAAGACCUAUGAGGUAGCUGGCACACCCUGCUGCUCAGCUCGGGAGCUGCAAGAAAGCAAGAUGACUAUCCUACCUUCUCCCCCACCUCCCAGUGCCUUCUGCUAUGAGAACGAGCUGGCUCUUGUCAGUCAAGACGAAGAUGAAGAUGAUGACGAAGUGGGUGUAGCGUUAGGUGGCAGCACCAAGGAAGAGGGAGGCGUCAUCCAGAUGAUGGAUUUUGGAAGCCACCUGGACCUGGAGCGGCUCCAGGCCACUUUGCCCUUGGAUACCAUCUCAUACCGCAGGGAGUCAGCCAUCUAAUCCCUCCAGCCUCCCCGUUCUACACCCAUUACCCAUCCCCUCCUCCUCCUCCUCUGUUCUGCACCCAAACGUAGCUGGAUAAGUCCC